AUGAGGCGAGCCUGUGGACGAAGCAAAGCGCCUCUCAGAGCUUGUUGCCACUCUCAGCGCUCCCGGGGACACCGGAUGGAGCAGAUGUACCAGGCCAAGCUCGACCAGCAUCGCGCUGCAGCACGCGUUGAUAGACCAGCCCAGCAGCGUGUCAGCAAGGCCUUCAACGACAUGCGCACGUUGGAGGGCAAGCUUUGUAAAGCAGCCACGCAUUCCGAGAAGCUACAGGCUGACUUCUUGGCUCAGAAAUUCACGGUGCAACGUUUGCCGGUGGAGUUAUCCGAAGGUGAGGGUCGUCACAAGUCUCUCGCCAUGGAACUACACCAGUCCGUGGAUGGGAAGGCCGCCAGCGACGAGAAGCCUAAGGAGACCACACCAGCCUCGAUCUCCAUUGAAGACGUCAUAGACCGCAAGCUCCUCCCAAUCAACAUGGACUCUCUUCUGUCAGUGGAGGCCGAGCAUGAACUCAGUGAAGAAGGUCGUGUGUUUCCAGGCUGGAAAACGUUUCACAGAGCUUCAGGAUCUCUUCGGGAAGGCAGCGGAGCACGCCCCCAAGUUCAUGGAGUCCAAAUGGAGCAGCUCACCAGUGUCCAGAAGACGCGGGAGAUCGUCCCGGGCAGCAGCGGUGGCCCGCCCGCUGAUGGGCUGAUGGGGAAGGGGAAGUCGCUCGCGUUCCCGGUGCCGGAGCGGAUCCUGGGCGGCCUGGCGCCCCAAGGCGGUGGCAACACUCGGGGGGCUCAGAACCCGCGGGCUCGUGCCCACCUGGGCGCACGUCAGGCCAUGGGUGGGCGUCGCCACCUUGUGCCUUCGCUAUGUUUGGAGUCUUUGGUCUGGAUAUUUUUUUCGGCUCGCUCGUCGUGGAUCUCCCAGGCUGACGCCUUCGUUGGUGGUUAUCACUCUAGGGAUGGUUGUUCUGCGGGCCCUGUGCAUCGUGCUGUGGCCCACGCGUUGGCUAUGGCUAAGGGGGCCCUGCUGGCGAGUAGUAUGGUCUUGAUGCCCAGCGGCCCCAUUGCUCUUCGUGGCCCUCUCCAACCCCAGUCUUCGCCCAGCGAGGACAUCUAA